AAUGGUUUCACCCGGCCAGGUAUAUAGCCACGCGCUGGCCGGGAUGAUGCAAAAGUUGGCCGCGCGCGCUCCACCGCACGAAGUUCUCCGGGUCUCACGUGAACUGAGCAAAGAUGAAUUCUACAGCGUUCAAUGAAACGGACACUGGGCUGUUUUCCAACAGGAGCGACGGGAUUUUCAAAUGUUGUAACUUCUCAUCUAUAGUGACCGAUGACGGCUUUGUUGCAGCUGCACCAGAUGAGCGAAGUCUGUUCAUCAUGAGGGUUGUGCAAAUCGCUGUCAUGUGUGUCCUCUCCCUGACGGUGGUGUUCGGCAUCUUCUUCCUGGGAUGCAACUUAUUAAUAAAAUCGGAGGGAAUGAUCAACUUUCUGGUAACGGACAGGAGACCAUCCAAAGAGGUCGAGGCUGUCAUAGUGGGCGCGUAUUAGCUCAUGCCACUUCUGGAUCCCGGGAUUUCCCCUCGACGACCGAGUGCCGCUGCCGAUCCAGCUUGGCGAUCCAGUGAGGAAACUGACGGCACCAGGGAUCCAGUGUGAAGUGCUGACUUGGACAGAAAACUCUCGAACCUGAGUAUCAGCGCGAUCGAACGCUUUGAGACACUAAUUUGAAGUUAUUUUCCUGGGAUUCAUUUUUCUUUUUUCCUCAUGGCUAAAGCUUAUCUAUUGAGAAUGUUAUACGGUUCAACGGACGAAAGCUCAGAAAUAAAAUUACAGCUGUUCUGAGAACAAUUGAUAUCAUUCGAAACCUCAAAUAAUCUGACUUAAGUUUCUCUUUAAUGUUUACCGAAGCGUUGAUUAAUACAGAUUUUUUUUGUCCUUUUUGCGAAAGCAGCGGUGUCCUAAAUGUUGAAACGUGGUUAAUUUUUCUCGCAUUUUCAUUAAUAUGCAAGGACAACGCUUCCUUCGAUUUAAGCGUGGCACAGGUUCAGCAGCUAUGGCCUUUGUUACUAAUAAUAUAUUAUUGCACGGAUGAUGAAAUGUAAUGAAGUUAUGUACCCUGUCCCUUUUUAAUAAAUGCAUAUUAGAAUUCAGUUUAAAUCUUUCUUUGGAAGUAAUUAACUUUUGCAGCGAUUGCUUCAACAGAAAUCAACGUCAAUGCAUUUAUUGUUGAUGUUUUUAAUUGAUGUAAUUAAAUUAUGACAUGAGGGGAUGUCAUUAAAGUUUCAUAUUAUGUUUUAAAACAAUGAA